CAGUGGUUUCCGGUUCAGAACUCAUGUUCGCUGAUUUCGUUGACUGUUUGGGUUUUCGAAUAGUUACCGGAUUGAGGUCGUGUUGAAAUGGAUUCAUCAAGAUUAUGGCUGAAAAUAAAAGCGUUACAGUACCUGUUGAAGACUUGACAAACAGCUCCCCAACAUUUGAAAAUGAAAGUGUUACAGUACCCGUCGAAGACGUGUCUAACAGCCCACCGGUAUUUGAAAAUGAAAGUGUUACAGUACCUGUCAAAGACUUAACUAACAAUCCACCAACAUUUGACCUACGUACUGAGGCAACUAAUGAUGUAAAAAUGCUUCAUCAAUGUGUUGUAUGUGAUGAGAUUUUUCAACAAUAUGAUGAUUUAGAACAACACACUAAAAUACAUGUUAAAGAAGAGAAAACAGAUGAUAUAGAUGAAUAUUGUCAUGUUAAAGAAGAGAAAACUGAUGAUAAUAUUGAAACUGUUUAUCAGUGUAAAAUGUGUUAUAAAGUAUUUGAUUUAGAAACUGAUUUAGAAAAACACUGUGAAAUACAUAUUGAAAAAGAGGAGUCUGUUUUACAGCAUGGUAAAAGUUUGGAGAAAGGUUUUAGCCAAAAUAAUGAAACAGAGAUACCCAAUCAGACAGGUUCUAACACAUGUGAUAAAACAGAGAUACCCAAUCAGACAGGUUCUAACACAUGUGAUGAAACAGAGAUACCCAAUCAGACAGGUUCUAAUACAUGUGAUGAAAGGGAGAUACCCAAUCAGACAGGUUCUAACACAUGUGAUGAAAGGGAGAUACCCAAUCAGACAGGUUCUAACACAUGUGAUGAAAGGGAGAUACCCAAUCAGACAGGUUCUAACACAUGUGAUAAAACAGAGAUACCCAAUCAGACAGGUUCUAACACAUGUGAUGAAACAGAGAUACCCAAUCAGACAGGUUCUAAAACAUGUGAUGAAACAGAGAUACCCAAUCAGACAGGUUCUAAUACAUGUGAUGUUUGUAGCAAAUCAUUCCGUCUCAAAUCUGACUUACAAAGACACAGAAAAACUCAUACAGGGGAAAAUAAUUUUGAAUGUGACGUCUGCAUGAAAACAUUUUCCCGUAGAGACAGUCUCCGGAUGCGCACGAGAAUUCACAAUGGAGAAAGGCCUUAUAAAUGUGAUGUUUGUAGUAAAUCAUUUACUCAAAAUGGUAAUCUACAAACACACAUAAAAUCCCAUACAGGUAAAAAAUCAUAUAAAUGUAAUGUUUGUAGUAAAUCAUUUACUCACAACAGUAUUCUACAGAGACACAUCAAAACUCACAGCCAAGAGAAGCCUUAUAAAUGUGAUGUUUGUAGUAAAUCAUUCACCGAUUAUAGUAGUGGUCUACAGAGACAUCUCAGAAUACAUACAGGAUUUAAACCUUAUAAAUGUGAUGUUUGUGGUAAAUCAUUUACUGAUACGAGUAACCUGCGUAAACAUAUCAAAACACAUACAGAUACAGAAGAGACAACUGACGAAUAUUGUCUUGUUAAAGAUGAGAAAACUGCUGAUUUUGGAACAUGCUAUCAGUGUAACAAAUGUGAUGAAGAGUUUAAAUUAGAAUCUGAUUUAGAAAAACACUGUAAAAUACAUGUUAAAGAAAAGAAAACUGAUGAUGUAGAUGAAUAUUGUCAUGUUAAAGAAGAGAAAACUGAUGAUGUAGAUGAUUAUUGCCAUGUUAAAAAAGAGAAAACUGACGAUGUAGAUGGAUAUUGUCAUGUUAAAGAAGAGAAAACUGAUGAUACUGAAACUGUUUAUCAGUGUAAUUUAUGUGAUAAAGGAUUUAAAUUAGAAACAGAUUUAGAAAAGCACUGUGAAGAACAUGUUAAAGUAGAGGAUUCUGUUUUACAAUAUGGCAAAAAUUGGGAGAACAGUUUUAGCCAGUAUAAUAAAACAGAGACUCGAGAUGAAACAGGUUCCAAAACAAGUCAUAAAUGUGGUGUUUGCAGUAAAUCAUUUCUUAAGAAUUGUAACUUUCAGGCACACAUGAGAAUUCAUACAGGUGAAAAACUUUAUAAAUGUGAUGUUUGUAGUAAAUCAUUUCGUCAGAGAGUUCAUCUGAGAUCUCACGCGAUUAUUCAUUCGGGCGAGAAAGCUUAUAAUAAUAAGAACAAUUGAUUUAUAUUGUGCCAACAAUUCAACUCUGGUAGCUGCUCUUGGGCCCUUUAUGUGAUGUUAGUAGUAAAUCAUUCACUCGGAAUUUAUACUGGAGAGACCCCUUUUUGGUUACCAGAUUUCGACUUUAGACCCAUGUCAUUGUCACAAGUUUUUUUUUACUUUUACUUUAUCGACGAGUGUUGAUAUUUUUUUAUAUCAAAAAAGACAAGUAGGAUAUUAUAUUUAUCUCCCAAUACCUUCUUACAUGCACAAAUAAAUAAAUAUAAUUCUUUGCUAUAGAUUUCACUUUUACUGAACCUGAUUACAUUACGGCGUACUGAUACAUCAUUUUUUGACAGCAAUUCAACCAUUGCAAAGUCCUUUAUAUUGACCCAGUG